GUACACGUCAGCAUUUUGGCAAGCACUGCAGUCCUUCUUGCAGUUUAGUCAAUGCCGGCACACAGUUUGCUCGCCGAUAGCCAGCGCGACUGCCUAAUAACUACUUGCUGUACACCAGUGAAAAGAUAGCGACCAAGAAAUAUGCCCUGGUACAAAGACGCACUGCCAUGGCGUCAAGUCUUAAGCUUAUCGUCGGCCAACUUCAGCCAGGCGGUAAUGCUGACGACGCCCUUUACUAUCGGCGUGUUCAUGGUCCGCGACUUUGAGACGGCCAAACACGGCGGCAACGAGGCGGAGGUGGAUGAGCAGCGCGUGGGACGGUUGACUGGGCUGCUGGCCGGUAUCUUCAGCUUCAGCGGCUUUCUAACCGCCUACGCCUGGGGAUGUGCGUCCAACUACGUCGGCCGCAAGCCGGUGAUCGUGCUGGGCAACGCGGUGAGCUUCAUCAGCAUGCUGUGGUUCGGGCUGUCGGGCAGCUACACCAGCGCCAUGGCGGCUCGCGCGUUCGGCGGCGUCCUCAAUGGCAUCCUGGGCGCCUGGAAGUGCAUGAUCGGCGAGUCCACGGACACGCUGCUGCAGGGCAAGUUCUUCGGUUACAUGAGCCUGGCCUGGGGACUGGGCUGCAUCGCAGGCCCUGCCAUGGGCGGUGCUUUCUCCCGGCCCUGCAACCGCGCGCCGCACAUGCCCGGCUGCGGCGAGGCCGGCCUGUUCCGAGUCAGGCCCUACUUCCUAUCCUGCCUGGUGGGCAGCACCACCCUCCUGGCCGCCUUCCUGCUGAGCGCCUUCAUGCUGGAGGAGACCCUGCCGCCGGAGCUGCAGGAGAAGGGGUUGUGGGUCAAGCUGCGGCGGUGGCGGCAGGGCCGGCAGGAGGCGAAGCAGCAGGAUGAGCAGGAGCGGCGGCGCCUGACGGCAGCCGAGGAGGGCGAGGGGUAUGGCAACACCUGCAGCAGCAGCAGCAGCGGCGGCAUCGAGGGCGGUGCGGAUGGCAAAGGCGAGCGGAGGAGGCGCAGGCGACGUCAAAGCCGCCUUUGCAGGGAGGCGGGCACAGCAGCGACGCAGGGUGCAGAGGCGGGGGCGGGCGUUGCUGGUUCACGGGACAUGGAAUCAGCAGGUGCCGGCGAGGAGGCAGGACUACUGCUCAGCAAGGGAGCGUGUCGGUCCGACGACGCCUCGGCUGCUGCCGGUGCUACUGCCGCCGGCUUCCCUUGCAGUAGCAGCGGUAGCGAGACAGACAGCAGCAGCCUGGUUGACAUCGACUUGCAUGAAUCAGACGUCGAGAGCCGGGGUGGCGGCAGGGCAGGCGGUGCGCGGCCCGGCGAGGCGGGGGCGCCGCCGGCGCUGCAGCCCUGCCCCUCCACCUCCGGCUCCACCAAUCGCAUGCGAUAUCUGCUGCGCCUCACCUCCCGCACCUUCAUCAGCGGCAACCCCUUUUCGCGCGCGGGCUCCUGGCGGCGCGCCGGCAGCGGCUGCCGGCGGAGUGGCGGCGGCGGCGUGUUGGGCAGCGAUGCCGAGGAGGCAGCCGCUGCGUCAGAGACGGAGCCGUGGCGUCGGAGCCCCGCCGCGAGCCCGCGGGCUGGCGUGCCAGCAGGCGGGACAGUAGCAGGUGCUGGGGGGUAUGUGGCAGGCAGCCCGUUGCACGGAGGGGUGGGUGCCGAGGGCGGCACGGGCCGCGGCGGCGGCGGCGGCGCAGUCCGAACAGCUGAGGCGGAGACGGAGGCGGUGCCACUGCUGCUCGCGGCCGCGGCUGCAGAGGCAGUGGGCGGGGUAGCAACCGCAGCUGCGCCGGCGCCAUCCCGGGCGGCACUGGAGCUUGUGACAGGGCGACCUGAACUGGUAGCCGGGGGCCAGGGCCAGGGCUCCGGACAUGGCCAUAGCCACAGCGACAGCAGUGGCAGCACCCGCGGCGCAGAAGGUGUGCUGUCGCCCGCUCCCGGUAGUGCGAGCGAUUGCGGCAGUGGGAGUGGCAGCGGCAGCGGCGAAGAUGCCCCACCGCCGUCCGGGACUGUGGGGACUGUGGGGACUGCGCGGCGCGGCGUUCAGGACCCGGAGGCGGCUGCGCUCACCGGGGAGGCCCGUGGGCUGGACAGCUCGCAGCAGCUGAAGCCAGCGGCUGGUGGCAACAGUGGUAUGGACGCGGACCGGGCGUUAGCUAGCGGAGGCAAGGGCGGGGUUGCAAGCGGAGACGAGCAGCCGUGCAGCGGGCCGCACACGCCCCUGGCGACGCUGCAUGAGGACAGCAGUCACCAUGGCGGCAGCCGGGGGCUUGCGGCCGCCUCCGGCGCACCCGAGCACAAGCAUGCGACGCAGCAGCACCAUGAGCAGCAUCAGGAGCAUCAUCUGGAGCAGCAUCAGGAGCAGCAUCAGAAGCUGGAGCGGCGCAACCACGAGCAGCACGAAGAGGGCCAGGAGCAGCCGCUGGAGUUCGUGUGCGUCCUCAAACGGGUGGACAGUGCCCAGCAGCGGGCAAUCGAGCUCGAGCUGGCCACCAUCGACGCCGCUGCCGACACCGCUGCCCCCGCCCCCGCCUCCGCCCCCUCCUGGUACAAGGACCGAGAGGUGGUCCUGACCAUCCUGGGCUACGGCGCAACCGCGCUGCUGUUCUGCGCCGUGGACGAGGUCUUUCCCAUCUACGCCGCGGCGCCGCUGUCAUCGGGCGGCCUGGGCAUGCGCGAGGAGCAGAUUGCGCCGCCGCUCAUGUUCUUCGGCGCGGUGCUGAUGCCGUACAGCCUGUACGGAUACCCCUGGCUGCAGCGCAAGGCCGGCACGCUGCUUCUCACGCGUGUGGGCCUGGUCUUCAGCGCCGCCACCUGCCUGCUGCUGCCGCUAGUGGCGGACGUGCGGCAGGCCAGCAAGGCCGGAGCGCUGGUGCUCUUGUACGGCACCAUGAUUAUCAAGGCGUUCGCGCAGUGCAGCGCCUUCACCGGCUCCAUCAUUGCGGUCAACGCAGCGCCGUCGCAGGAGCAGCUGGGCGCGGUCAACGGAGUGGGCCAGACGCUUGCGGCGCUGGUGCGCGGCGUGGGGCCGGCCCUGGGCGGCAUCCUGUGGGCGGCCUCCCUGGGUCUGCACAGCGCGGGGCAGCAGUUCCUGACCUUUGUCAUCAUCGCGGUGGUGGCGAUUGGGAACUUCUUUCUGUACGGCUUCGUGCGCCUGCCCAACCUAAAAUAGACUCGGAAUCGUGUGGAAGGGAUCCGGGAGGGGAAACAGAGGGGAGAUGGGGAAUGGGGGGCGCGUGUGUGUGGGCUGAUUUCACCAAACGCCGCGUACAUGCAGGAUGUGGUGUAGAGGCUUGUAUGAGAUUAUGUCAGCAUCAUAGCGAGAGAGUUUGUGCGAGCGCGCGAGAGUGUGAGGGACCAUAGCACUGUUUGUAUCGUUGACGCACGCUGGUCAAGGUGAGGAGUACCGUACCUAUUUUGCUUGUGUGUGUGUGUGUGUGUGUGUUCUGAGGUGGUGACGUGAUGAGUUGGAUGUUGCAUGUGCGUGGCGGUAGUGACAAAGGUAGUCGUGUGAGGCACUUGCCUACUUCAUAGUUGCUAGGCAGCCUAAGCUAUACAAGCUGUUGUUGCCUCUGUCAGCGUGUAGGUGCGGACUGCGGAACUGGUGUACUGUAUCGGAGGGGUCACGUGCGCGUGCAUGUUGCUGGCUAACUUAUUCCUGCUUCAAAGACAUGGACAUAAAGAUUUUGCAGCGAUGGCUCAGUAGUCUUGUGCCGCUUGGCUACGGCUGUAGGUGCACCGUAGGCUGUGCGAGUGCUGGGGGCGCUGGUCUGCGCGCUGGUGUGGCGGUUUGCUUUUGGGACACCACCGUACCUUUUUUUCGCCCUGGCCACCACUACAAGUUCUUCAUGUAUCAUUUAUGUGCGUAUUGGGAACAUGUAGUCCGACGUAAUCCUGAUUCUUGACGCGCUGUGGUGGGACGGAAGGUGUGGCGCGCGGCGGGCCAGCGGAAAGGCGGGCGACGCGCGGGAUGGUUCUGGCGCGUGGUGUGGUGGUGGUGUGAGCAUGAGCUGCGUGGAAGCAAACCGUAGCUGCGCUCGCGAAGCACACGUGCACAAGAGGUGUUGAGGGAGGGGCGUGAACGAAUGUGGACGACCUCACAGAGCUGACGCGGUGGUCUUAUGUCCUGGCGGUCUCCGUGCUGCGAUUGUGUGUGACGAAGAUGAACCGUCGGUGCCAUCACAUUACUGGUCCGGCCUUCUGAAGACAUAAUACAUUUACACAAACGUCU